CAGGCGCGGGGCGCGGGGCUGCCCGGGCUGCCCAGGCGGCUGCAGCGGGCGCGCACUGAGUGCACCGACUGCACCGCGCGCCAUGUCCAGAAAGAAGAGCCCCAGGAGCAAGGCGGCCAGCGCCCCGGCAGCUUAUGCACUGCCCGCGGCCAGCCGGCCCGGCUCGGUGCGUGCCGGGUCUGGGGGUCCAGGCGCCCAAGGGGCCCCCAACGGACCCCCGCAGCCCGGCCGGGCCUCGCUGGGUGGCGCCGGCGAUUUCUACGACGUCGCUUUCAAGGUGAUGUUGGUGGGGGACUCAGGUGUGGGCAAGACGUGUCUGCUUGUGCGCUUCAAGGACGGAGCCUUCCUGGCUGGGACCUUCAUCUCCACUGUGGGCAUUGACUUUCGGAACAAAGUUCUGGACGUGGAUGGUGUGAAGGUGAAGUUGCAGAUCUGGGACACAGCAGGCCAGGAGCGCUUCCGCAGCGUCACACACGCCUACUACCGUGAUGCCCAUGCCCUCCUGCUGCUCUACGAUGUCACCAACAAGGCCUCCUUCGACAAUAUCCAGGCCUGGCUGACGGAGAUCCAGGAGUUUGCCCACCACAACGCAGUGCUCAUGCUUCUUGGGAACAAGGUGGACUCUACUCAGGAGCGUGUGGUCCGGAGGGAGGAUGGGGAGAAACUAGCUAAGGAGUACGGGCUGCCUUUCAUGGAGACCAGCGCCAAGUCAGGCCUCAAUGUGGACCUGGCUUUCAGGGCCAUCGCCAAGGAGCUGAAACAGCGCUGUAUGAGGACCCCUGCAGAACCCCACUCAGCCAAGACACCCAUGGAGCCCCGCUUCAGGCUGCAUGACUAUGUCAAACAGGAAGGGCAGGGGGCAUCAUGCUGCCGACCAUGAGGUUCUGCCCAGGUUCGAAAGGCCUUGUGACCUGAGAGACAGCCCUGGAGCCUUGGUUCCUGGGCCUACCUGCAAAGGGACCCUCAGUGCCUGGGCUGGGUGUGUUGGCAGCCA